UCUGUGAAUAACAGGACUGGUAGUUCCCCGACUGAUGGGUAUAAAUAUACAAGCAUUAAUUCUAUCACCAUCACAUCUCUACUGCUACUUGAGUAAAUUCAUUCCUUGAGUUUCUAUAUCAACCACAGAUUGACAAUGCAAGUCACUCUGCUCGUUGUGUUGGUGUGUGCGUGUGCAGCAGCCACCCUCGCCUUACCUUCUUCGAAUCGUCAGCCACGGUCUCCCCAGCCAGAGGAGAAGAACAAGGACGGUGGCUGGGCGGUGGGAGCAGACACCACAAGGAACGGCGGCACUGUGGUGCGAGCUGAGGGAAACAAGAAAUGGGACGUCACAAAUGACGGUAGGGUACAAGCGGAGGUUCACGGCCACUGGGAGAGGACUUACGGAGGCCCCAACAACGGCCAGAGAGACCGCGGCGUGGGCGGCAGCAUCGGAGGAUCCUGGGGCAAAUAAUUGUCCUGAUUAUUUCACUCAGACUUUCAUUUUGAGAACGUUAUGACUGUAAACUGAUCUUAUUAUUAGUUAGGUUUUACCUUUUCUUGGUUACUCUCCCAGACUAUACUUCGAAAGGAAAUGUCAACGUUCUAGAACACUAAUGGAUUUAUUUAUUUUACUUGAUAUUCAAGUGUUUAUUAAAUACGAUUUUAUGUUUCAAUAAAUUGAUUUUAUUAA